AUGACGUCUUCGUCAAUUCAAAAUGGCGGCGACAUCCAAUUCCGAUGGAAUGGCUGGAAAGGAACCAUGGGACAGCUAGUGCAGUUGGUAAAAGAUGCUAAACGAGUUAAAGAUAACGCGCCUGUCUCUGGCAGAAGUGACGUAUUUCCGGAAAAAUUUUCUCUUCCAUUGGUGGUGAAAAUAAUAAAGAGAUAUGAUUUGGGAUAUAAUGAUCUAGAACAGAAGGGCCUUGCUAUUGGAUCAGUCCUCCUCAUGACGUCAUUGGUCAGUCAGGAAAGAAUUAAGAUGCUGACCAAUGACGAUCAACUGGUAACUAUGCCAACUAAUUCCCAAAUGAAAUUUACACUCUUCGGUAACGAUUCGCUCCACAAUGACGUCAUUUCGCUCCAGCCAAUGGCAUUGAAGGAAAUGAGAUCGCGGAAUUUACUGCUAGCCAAUCAGAUUGUUCAGAUGUCCAUAGACCUAGUGACAGUGAAGCCCGCAAGCAUUCCCAAAACCUUUCACUCCCCCCUCACAAUUACCGAAAUAUUCGACGAAUACUUCGCUAUUUGCGUACCGAUCACGUCACUACAACGACACCGUAAAACUCGACUGAAACCGACUGAUCCGCCGUCAGCAACAACAUCGUCAUCGUUGACGUCAUCACUGACGCUUUGGAAUAAAAGUGAAUCAGAUAACAAAUCACCGACAAACUUUAGUGCCACUGACGAAGACAACAACAACAGUAGCAACAAAGUUGACAUCAUCAACAACAGUACUAAUAAGAAUAAUGUCAUCAUCAUCAACAACAACACCAACAGCAACACUCUCAUCAGAAAAACGAACCGGCAAAGAUCCGAGACGAUAUUUUACAUAGACAACAACAAUAAUUAUUUCAGUAAACCACAACUACAUCAUCAACAACAACAACAGCAGCAGCAGCAACAACAACAACAACCAAAAUCAUCAGAUUCCUCAUUCAACGCCAAAUUAACAAGUGGAAAAUCAUUAACUAAGCUAAACUCUGACGUCAUUAAAGAGCAGCAGCAGCAACAACAACAACAUCCACGACAACAAUCAACAAAUUGCCUCAACAAGAAACCGACGAGAAAACAAAAAACAAUGCUGUCUACGCCUGCAAUGUUAAAAUCCAACAGCAGUUAUGUCAUCAACAACAACAUCAACAACAAUAAAAAUUACUUCAACAGCAACAACAACAACAACAACAUCAAAAAUAUCAACGGUGACGUUUUAAACUUAUCACUCCCGAUAUCACACAAAACCAAGAACCACGAAGAUGCUGUUGGUAAUGGUUAUUUUUUUUCGUCGGUAAACAACAACAACAACAACAACAUUGAUGUCAUCAACAACAACCACAACAUCAACAACAACAACGACAUCAACAACAAAAUUAAAAAAAGACACAACAUUAGUGUCCUCAACAACAAAAACAACAACAACACAAACAUUUACAUAAACACAGUUGACAAGCGGACAACCAUUAAAAAAAAUAAUAAUAAUAAUACAAUCAACAAUAAUAAUAGCAACAUUAUUGCUAAUAACUACAACAACAAUAACAACGCAUCGUUCAACUUCAGUUUAAAUUUACCUAAAGUUAUAAAAGCGAUAAAAAAUAGUUUCAUCAGUGGGACGAAUCAUAACAACAGCAGCAACAACAACAACAAAAAUAGACAACAAAAACAUAGUUGGACUUAUAUGAAAGCAGGCAGUGGAGAGAGGCCAGAUUUGAACGUAGAAAUACCGACCGCAGAUAAUUCUGGCAAAGCGUGCGUUGACGAAUUUGCAAAUGACGUCACGAAUUUUACUCCAAAGUCUUUAUCGCCCGCAGACGGUUACGAUGAAAUUGGUUCUCCAAUGUUGGGAAACUAUCACAUCCCUAUUGAGGAAAAUGACGAGAAACAUAAAAAGUAUUACAACAACAACGUCAACAGCAACAACAUCAACAACAACAACAUCAACAACAUCAACAACAACAUCAACAACAACAACAUCAACAACAUCAACAACAACAUCAACAGUAGCAGCCUGAGACGGCUGUCCAGAUCUCUAGACUGUUUAGACAAAAAUGACGACAACAGGGACGUCACCGACAACGACACGCAACAACAUCAACGGCAACAACAACAACAACAACCACAAAAAGAUGAAAAUUCUUCAUCGUGGGACGCCGCGACUAACCUCUUACUGAACAAACGCCGUCAGCAAGAGAAGUUGCGGGAGCAUCAAAGACGUUGGAGAUUAGAGAUGGCUCGGGAGAGGUACUUCGAUACCGAAUCGAAACAGAAUUCGGAUGAAUCGGUUUAUUACGAAACCAUUAAUGAUUCCUUCGGUGAGGUUAAAGUUAACAGUUUCAACAGGCAUUCCAACAACACCACUAACAACAGCAAUACUAGCAAUAAUGAAAACAUGAAUAUUUCACCUACAAAACUCACCAAAAACAGCCUCACAUACAACAACAACAAUCUAGAUGAUGAAACAUCUAGUUACAACUCGUCUGUGUUUGGCGGUGGCAGCUUCAUUUACGAUAGCGACACUACAAACACGCCAACCACAACCACAAUCACAUCACCAUCAUCUAUAUUUAUAUAUAAAAUACUCACUACUACCAAUAAUAAUAAUAAUAAUAAUAAUACAUCAGUUACUACAGCUACUACUACAGUUACUACAGCUACGACGGCUGCCACAACUACCAAAAAUAACGACGACGAUAUCUACUUAUUGAACUCGGGACAGUAUGAAUAUACAUACCUCUUGGAUCACAACAGCAACGUAGCAUCACCAUCCACGUUUUCCGACGAUGGCUACCUGAAAGCCAGCAGCAACGAAGACGACGAUGUUGGUGGCGGUGGUGGUAACAGCAGUUAUAAUGACGAUGGUUCAUCCAAUUACCUCGACAUGAAUAAAACGCUGAGAAAGAUUAACAGAAUGAAGGAAGAACUCGGUAGAAUUUGCAAGAAUGAUCAGGCGGGCAAAAACAACACCGACAACAACAGCAACGAGAACAGCGACAAUAAUAAUGAUGACAUUGUUGAUCACAGCACCACUAACAACAACUCUAGCAACAACUCUAACAACAACAACAAUAACACAGCUACCGGCAUAUGGACCAGUGUAGACCAAGUCCCAACAAACACAAAAUCCUUCUCAGUGCAAGAGGUUUUAAACUGCCUGAGACUGCUAAACAUGGAGAAAUACGUUGAAACUUUUGAGCGCGAGCAAAUUGAUGGAAACCUCCUAAACCGACUGGACGAAGAGGUUCUAGUGUCAGAUUUCUCAUUUAAAAAGUUCGACGCCAUUAAACUGAUCACGUUUUUCAAAGACGGCUGGAGAGUUCGGUGCAAUUAG